AUGGAAGAGAUCUGCGGCUCCGAACCGUGUCCUAAAUGCUUUACCCUGUGCACAGCUUCCUCUCAGCCCUCUCCGAGCUGGAAGCAGCAUGUGGGUCCUGGCCCUGAUCUUCCUCGCAGCAGACUGUGUGUUCUCACUAGGGGUCACUCUGUGGGUCAUUUGCAGCCAGUUUUUCAUUGUGCACAUCCCGGCAGCGAUUGGCCACCCUGUGAAACUGAGAGUCCUUCAUUGCAUCUUCCAGCUGCUGGUGACAUGGGGGAUGAUUUUUGAGAAGCUCAGAAUCUGUUCUAUGCCCCAAUUUUUCCGUUUCGUGCACGAUCUGCGGCCGCUAAAGUACGACCCCGAUGUUGUGGUCACAGACUUCCGCUUUGGGACAAUCCCUGUGAAGCUGUAUCAACCCAAGGCAUCCACCUGCACCCUGAAGCCUGGCAUUGCGUACUACCACGGUGGCGGAGGCGCCAUGGGGAGCUUGAAAACCCACCAUGGCAUAUGCUCUCGUUUGUGCAAGGAGAGUGACUCUGUGGUUAUGGCAGUUGGUUACCGCCAGUUACCUAAGCAUAAGUUUCCAGUGCCAAUAAGAGACUGCUUGGUGGCCACCAUCCACUUCCUGAAGUCCCUGGAUGCAUACGGAGUGGAUCCAGCCCGGGUUGUGGUCUGUGGUGACAGUUUGGGAGGGGGAAUAGCCACGGUGGUUUGUCAAAAACUUGUGGACAGGCCAGAUCUGCCCCGGAUCCGAGCUCAGAUCCUGAUCUACGCCAGUCUCCAAGCCCUGGAUUUACAAACCCCUUCCUUUCAACAGAAUAAAAACAUCCCCCUGCUCAACUGGAGUUUCGCCUGCUACUGUUUUUCUCAAUACCUGGACUUCAGCUCCUCCUGGCAAGAGGUCAUCAUGAAAGGCGCCCAUUUGCCUGCCAAAGUCUGGGAAAAGUACAGAAAGUGGUUGGGCCCAGAAAACAUCCCUGAGAAGUUUAAGAAGAGGGGCUACCGACCGGUGACCCCUGAGCCCGUGAAUGAAGCUGCUUACUUGGAAGUAAGUGUUGUCCUGGAUGUGAUGUGCUCGCCUCUGAUUGCAGAAGAUGACGUAGUGUCUCAGCUCCCGGAAACUUGCAUCGUGAGCUGUGAGUAUGAUGCUCUCCGGGACGAUUCGCUGUUGUACAAGAAGAGGCUGGAAGACCUGGGAGUGCCCCUGACCUGGCACCAUAUGAAGGAUGGUUUCCAUGGAGUGCUCACCACCAUUGACAUGAGCUUCUUUCACUUUCCGUGCUCCACGAGAAUUCUGAAUGCGUUAGUCCAUUUCAUAAAGGGGCUGUGACCAUCUUUCUUCUCUGCUGGUACUGCGGUGUGGACUCCACUGGCAUCCAGCCUCCCACAGAACUCUCUUGCUGAUUUAGGUGGUGCAUAGUGGGGCUAGGGAAGGGGUAGAGGUUGCUGUCACCUUUCUAGUCCAGGUUCUAGAACCACACGAUGCAUGCUCCUGAUGUCCAGAGGAUGUGGUAGAAAAGACAGGUUUGGAGGUGGGAGUGGGGGUCUCUGUCUCUGUUCUCUGUUGGGAAAAUUUAGGCUGACAAUCUUCAGUGGCUAUUUGUGGUAGUGAAUCAGCAGGUAAGAGCUGUUCUCAGCCUCCCUAUGGGGCAGUUCAGGCUCUCCAGAUUGAUCCAGACUGUGUGUGACUUGUGUCCACUUGGCUGGACUUUGAAAUAGCACAAGGGCAUCACGCACAACCUCCCGGGGCUUUCCCAAUGAGGCUCAGAGGCAGGAGCUCUGAUGCUCUCGGCUGCUGUGAGGUAGUGGUGGUGGUGGAGAAACUGGCUUCACCCACCUUCUCUUCUGUGAACAGUAGUGACUUUUCCUGCUGUUUCUCAGCCUCUGGGAUCAGAGUCUUGACUGCCUGGGCUGGAAACAUUAAGAUAGAAUGGAUAGAGCUUCCACAGUUGUUGGCAUCGAGUGGUGGAUGAAGACAGCCUGCAGCUGCCCGACUUGGGGAGCUCUGGAGCUCCUGGAAUCAAAGCCUGGCUUCCAACCAGAAGCCCCAAAGCAAUAUUCUAAGAGUUUGAAGAGAGAAGUUGGGAGGGAAGUGGGGUCCUGAGUUAGAGAACCGUGAAGGCUGAGUCUAACUAGAUAACCCUGUACACAGUGCAAAGUCAAGACAGCCAAAGGAACAGAAGAUGUAUUUGUGAGAACUAUUUCUUUUUUAAGACAUGGAACCAACUCAAAUUGGCCUCCAUUAGAAAGAGAAUAGAUUGGCUUAGGUAGCGAUGCAUGCUAGGCAUACAUUAGGCAAGGUUUGAUCCAGGAACUCACACAGUGCCAUCAGCUGUCCUGUCUUUUCUGCUCUGCUCUUUUCUCCUCUGUGUUAAUGCCACCUUUACCUCUCCAUAUGGUGGCACUGAUCAGCUUGAUGGUUACCUUCUCCCAGGGUCAAGUUCAUUAUCAUGGACUUGCCUCAUUCUCAGCAGUCCCAGAAAAAAACCUCAUUGCAACUUAAUGGCUUUGUUGGCUUUCUGAGCCAUGUGUCCAGUUGCCACAGCCAAGGGAAUGGAAUGAUCUAACUGACCAUUCCCAAGUCCUAUGCCAUCUUGAGAGUGGAGGGUGGAGUCAAUUCACCUUGGUGCUUGGACUAAACAUGGGGUGGUAAGUGACAACUUCCCUAAUUGAAGGGUGAAUGGUUGUUGGGCGGACACCAACACUUAUUCUACUGUAGAAGCUAAAUUGAACCCUCAGGCAGGAUAUGUGAAAGUGGCAAGAGGUGUCAAGGACCACUGGGCAAAUUGGCCAACUGUUCCUUAGGAAUGAAAAUUCAUUUGAAAGGAAUGGUCAGGCUCCCAUGCUGGCCCCACCUGGUCUUCUGGAGGCUCUGAUCUUGGUUAGUUAGUGGUCUUUACAGGUCAAGGUCAAGGCCAUUGCACAAAAAACCCUGUGCAUGCCCUUAACUUGCUUUCAGUUGAAUAUUUGGGUUGAACUAUGAGGCAGAGAGGAAUCCUGUUGGGUGACUCCUUGCUCUAUUCACAGUUGACCAGCAGGUGGUUUGUUGGAGAAACAGUAACCAUCCCCUGAAAACACACACUGUGGUAGCCACUCAACUGUUGAAGAGCACUGGAGUCCAAGGGGUGAGGCCGCCUCUGAGACAGGCCUCUGAGUUGAGUCUGGGAGAGGCUCCCUCCCUGGAGUGUUGCUUUUCUUGUUUCACCCCUGCCUCUGAAGAUGGGUGGAGGAACAUGAGCUGACCUUCUGGGAAGUUAGGUUGGCGAGGAGUUGCUGAGGUACUGCCGGGCCAUGCCCAGUAGAGAGGAAUGUAUAACAUUUUAAGAGGCUGAGAGCACCCCUGGUUGGGCUCAUGCCCAUGGCAGCUUCCUUCUGCAGAUCAUGGGAGAAAUCAAGCACUUUCACCUAAUGGCUAGAUGAUUGAUUUUGGGAUGAAAUUCUCCACUCCUCUCCUUUACCACAUCACCACUAUCCUUCCUGCAAUCCAUCCACGAGACUCACUGAGUGGAAAAGGGAUAGGAAUGAAUGUUCACCCAGGGCCGGCUACAUGCUAGGCACUGUACUGGACCAUUUAAAUUUGCCACCUCUUAUGUUCCUCACAUUAAUCUUACAGAGUAGGUACAGGCAUACCUAUGGAUAUUGCAGAUUCAGUCCCAGACCACAGCAAUAAAGAAAGUCACAUGAAUUUUUUCUUUCCUUAGUGUAUAUAAAAGUUACAUUUCCACUAUAUUAGCUUAUUAAGUGUGCAAUAGUGUUCUGUAUUUAAAAAGCAUGUACAUACCUUAAUUUAAAAAUACCUUGUUGCUUAAAAAUGCUAACAAUCAUCUGAGCCUUCAGUGAUUGCAGUAGCCUAGGCUACCACCGUCUAUAUGGUUUGCACAUUCUGCCCAUGUCUGCAUGGGUUUUCUCUGAGUCCUCCAGAUUUCUCCCAAAUUCCAAAGAUGUGUAUAUUACAUUCAUGGGAAUGUUUAAAUUGUCAUAAUCUUUUUGCUGGUUGAUGGUCUUGCCUUCAUGUUGAUGCCCAGGUGGUGGUUGCUGAAGGUGGGGGUGGCUGUGGCAAUUUCUUAAAAUAAGACAACAGUGGAUUUGCCACAUCAGUGGACUCUU